AAAGGCAAAUUGAAUGUAGCUGUAGCAGGGAGCAACACCCAUCUAUUCAGACAUGGCAGACAACAACGCUGACCUCACCACCAGUGCUGACGUUCGAAAAUACCUGUCUAAUACCCCUUUCGCGUCGCAUACUAUAAGCGUGCUGGCAGGAGGCUCCGCCAACUUCACAUACAGGAUACACCUUAACACCCCAUUCGAGGGCAAGGAAACAUUUGUUUUCAAGUAUGCAGCACCAUAUGUUGCUGCAUCCGGUGGUACGAUGGCUUUGCCUACUGAGCGCCAGAAAUUCGAAGUAGAAUCCUUGCGACUCGUCCGCGAAAUGCAUGCUGAUGACGAUGUCAUUGCCGUUCCCGCCGUCCGUCUCUUCGACGAGGAAGCCCACGUCAUGAUCAUUGAUGAUUGCGGGGCGGACACUCGGACGCUGAAACAGCUCGUGAUUGACGAGGCCCUGCCGCAGCCGGUCGCCGAAGAAAUCGGUGCUGCAAUCGGUCGUUUCCUUGGGCGCAUCCAUGCCUGGAACAAAAACGGGUCUUUCGACAUGGGUAUCUUCCACAAUAACGAAGUGGGCAAGAUGAUCUCACCUCUAGUUACAUAUGGUCGCCUUAUCUCUACGCUUAGCGGCAGAGAUAACAUAGCAACUUUGGCUGACCCCGUCCUCGACGUCCCUGAGGAGAAUCUGGACGUUAUAUCGAAGCUUGCGGAGGCCCGCAGUCAUGAAAUUGGUAGCACUUCCGAAGCAUUUACGCAUGGAGACUUCUGGCCCGGGAAUAUCAUGGUAUCCCUUCGAAGAGAGUCAGAGGGGGGCGUGCCUACACUAGAGAAGCUUUAUGUGCUGGACUGGGAGUUGGCGAAGGCAGGUCUUCGUGGGUUGGACAUUGGACAGUUCUGCGCAGAGAUGCGUCUGCUUCAGCGGUUCUAUCCGAGCCGCCAGAAAGAGGCGUCCACGAUUGUGAGAUCGUUCCUCUCGGCUUAUAGAGGAGGAAGUGGGCCUGAUGAAGCGCUGGCGAGGGUCGCGAUUGCCCACGUUGGAGCACAUUUGGUGGCUUGGACUCCACGGGUACGGUGGGGAGACCGGGAAGAGACUAGGAAGACGGUUGCUGAGGGCGUUGAGUUAUUGGUUGGAGGUGCUGAAGGGACGCAUGCUUGGCUCGGGGGCAGUCUUGUUGGACACUUGAUAAUGUGAACUCCAGUAGCAGCAGUGUAUGAGCAUCAGUAAACCAGUGAGACUCAGAUA